GCGUGGCCGAGCCGAGGGGGCGUGGCCGUGGCGGUCCCCGCGCGCGGCGGCGGGCAUGGAGCGGGCGGCGGCGAUGCUGAGCUGCUGGGGGGCCGCGUUGGGCGCCGCCGUGUCUGUGCCGGUGCUCCUGCUGGUGACGGCGCCCUACAUCAGGAGGUACGUGGCGGGCGGCCGGUGCCGUUCCGCGGCCAGGCUGGAGGGGAAGGUGGCCGUCGUCACCGGAGCCAACACGGGCAUCGGGAAGGAGACCGCCCGGGACCUGGCGCGGAGAGGUGCGAGGGUGAUUAUCGCUUGCAGAGACACGGCGAAGGCAGAAGCUGCAGCCAGUGAAAUCCGAGCUGAGACAGGGAAUGAGCAAGUCAUUGUGAGAAAACUGGACUUGGCUGAUACGAAGUCCAUCCGGGAGUUUGCUGAGAAAUUCCUAGCAGAGGAGAAGGAACUCCAUAUUCUCAUUAAUAAUGCUGGGGUAAUGCUAUGCCCUUACUCCAAGACUGCUGAUGGUUUUGAGAUGCACCUGGGAGUGAAUCAUCUUGGUCAUUUCCUCUUGACCUUCCUAUUGCUGGAGCGUCUGAAGCAGUCUGCCCCAGCCCGCAUAGUGAACGUGUCCUCACUGGCUCAUCAUGGAGGCCGAAUCCGCUUCCAUGAUCUCCACGGUGAGAAGAGCUACAAUCGUGGCCUCGCCUACUGUCACAGCAAAUUGGCUAACGUGCUCUUCACCCGGGAGCUGGCAAAGCGGCUGCAAGGUACUAAAGUCACAGCAAACGCUCUCCAUCCUGGUUCUGUCCACUCUGAGCUAGUCCGGCACUCAUUUGUAAUGACAUGGUUGUGGAAGAUAUUCUCAUUCUUCUUGAAGACACCUUGGGAAGGAGCUCAGACCAGUAUCUACUGUGCAGUAGCAGAAGAGCUAGACUCCGUGACGGGACAGUACUUCAGUGAUUGCCAGCCAGCAUACGUAUCUCCACGGGGUCGGGAUGAUGAGACAGCAAAGAAGCUCUGGAGUGUGAGCUGUGAGCUCCUCGGCAUCCAGUGGGACUGAGGAGCACAGACCUCAAGUGUGUCCCUGGCUGAGCCCAGCGAUGCUGCUGCUAGGAAGAGUGCUGCUGAGAGACCUCAAGACUAGGGCAGCCGAAGUAUCAGUGUUCUAAGGAUGGCUCCACGGACCAAAUCUAAUGCAAAUUUCUGAAAUACUACACUUAGGAUUUGUAAAGCUACCAGUCCCCCUUCCUUCCUAGCUGAAGAUUUAGAGCACCAAUGCAGGGAGCAACCUUUGCUUGCUGCCUCACUCAACAGCCAUAGGCUAUUGUUCUCUGACUUUAGAAUAGAACGGGGGGUUUGCAAGCUUAGGUUUAGAUUAUGAAGUAAAAAAGAAUUACCUUUAUUUAAAGCUUUUUUUUUUUUCUUAACAGCGAUAGUAAAGAGGUAGGACUCUCAAUGUAGGUUCUAGGAGGUUAUUUUCAGUUCCUACUGUUUGACCUGACAGAGUGAAAGUACUUAAGGGUAUCAGAUUUUCUGGCAGUUACAUGAAAUACACAUGCUCUCAAGCACACAGAAACAGGCACUGGCCUUUAUGUGCCAGCAUUAGGUGACAUUUUUAACUGGAAUUAAUUAUUUUUCUCUAGCUGCUCUAGGAGAAGCUUCUCUAAGAAGCCGGACUGUAGCCACAGAAGUACCUUGGCCCCAAAUGUCCACUGACUGCAGUCAGUUAGCUGAGGGCUGACGUAUCUUUUGAGAACCCAGGCCUUGGUGCAGGCGUCUGGGAAGUUAAAAGCUGCAGGAGUGACACAACUAUGCACAGGCAAGUUAUCUUAUUGAAAAAAAAAAAAAUUAACAUCUUCCUGUGAAGCAUUAAGCAAAGAUUGUGACAACUUUUAUACCAUAAGCCAUCCAGAUGCACUUUAAAUGACUUUAGAACCUAGAAAAGAAAGCACAAUGAGUAAAGAGUAUGUUUAAUGUUAAACAUUAAACAACUUCAGCUGAGAUUUCAGCUUUGACAGCAAACUACGUGGAACUGAACAGCUCUAGCAGAGGUUGGGACUAUCUUGCUAUUAUGGUCAAGUUAGCUACAGGACAGGAAAGCAAGUCUAGCACAGCAAUCCUCAUGUUUGUCUGCUCAGCAGCCACUGGCCUUGGCUGGCUAGCACUGCCAGCCUGGCCUUGCAGUUUGAUACCACUUGUGCUUCCAAAAGGCAGCUGGGUCAAUCCAUGUAGUAAUGGGAUCGCUCCCUUGGAAAUGUAGUGCUAUAUUGGUGCAGAUAGCAAGAGCGUGAUCCAUAAUCAGAGAUUAUUUCUGAAAGAGUUAAGCAGUUUGAAAAAAGUGCCACAGCUCAUAGGAUUACCUUCUGCUUCUGAAAAAAGCAUAUAAGCAUGCCACUGUGACCAACUGCCAGUUUUGAGAAACAAAUGCUAUUUUUAUGAUAAUUUUUUUCUGCCUGGAUGCUAUCUAUGCACAUCAGUCCUGUGCUACCUCUGAGCAACACUAAAUAAAGACAUUUUCCUUUAACAAGAAGAGAUUGUACCUUCCUUCAGAAUUGUUGAAUGAGUUUACUUGGUGUUCCUGUUACCUGCACCUGUCUUACUGAAGUAGGUAACUUAGUCUGGGUAACAUUUUGAAGUCCCCUCGUGAUUCUUGCCCUCACUCUACCUUUUCCUCUCUCUUCAUGCUUCAUUUUGGAUAGGAAACUAAAUCCACAAUGUAAACUACAAUGUAGCAGCAGAAUUGCCACCUAGCAUUGCAGGCUUGGCUUACUUUCUCUGUGCAAUUCUUUGAUCUUG